UCCAAAUUUAGCUUUUCCUGGAGGUUUGGAGCAGCUGCGUCUCUGGAGGGAUGUUGGUGGCCUCAGGAUCACACCUCAAGGCCUCAGGUCCCAGUUGGAGCCACCCCAAGUGACAGCCAGUGGGCAGAUGCCCAGAGAGCCCGAGUCAGCAAAGCCGGUGGGCCCUGACAUGCUCCUGGCUGCCGGGCAGGGGAGGCUGGCGCGGGCACCGCUGUGGAGCAGGCCGGCCCGUCGAGUCGGCCCCUUUGCCCUGGGCCAGCCCCUGUGAAGUGGGGACCUCGUCUGGGCCCCUCAGGCAGGCUCCAUGGCAUUUUCGGAACUCCUGGACAGAGUGGGCGGCCUGGGCAGGUACCAGGCUCUCCAGACGGUGGCUCUGAUGCUCCCGAUCAUGUGGCUCGUUGCUCAGACCAUGCUGGAGAACUUCUCGGCAGCUGUGCCCAGCCACCGCUGCUGGGUGUCCCUCCUGGAUAACAGCACCUCCCAGGUCAGUGUCCUGGACCCCGAGACCCUCCUGGCCGUCUCCAUCCCACCUGGCCCCAACCAGGGGCCCCACCAGUGUCGCCGCUUCCGCCAACCACAGUGGCAGCUCCUGGACCCCAACACCACGGCCACCAACUGGAGCGAGGCGGCCACGGAGCCGUGCCUGGACGGCUGGGUCUACGACCGCAGCACCUUCACUGCCACCAUCGUGACCAAGUGGGACCUGGUGUGUGACUCUCAAGCCCUGAAGCCCAUGGCCCAGACCAUUUACCUGGCCGGGAUGAUGGUGGGAGCUUCCUUCAGUGGCCCAGCCUCAGACAGGUUCGGGCGCAGGCUGGUGCUGAGCUGGAGCUACCUUCAGAUGGCCAUGUCGGGCACAGUGGCUGCCUUGGUCCCCACCUUCCCCCUGUACUGCCUGUUCCGUUUCCUGGUGGCCUGUGCCCUUGCGAGCGUCAUGAUGAACACAAGCACACUCUUGAUGGAGUGGACAUCGGCGCAGGCCCGAGUCUUGAUGAUGACCUUGAACUCUCUGGGCUUCAGCUUAGGCCAGGUCCUGACGUCUGCAGUGGCCUAUGGUGUGCGGGACUGUUCGAUGCUGCAGCUGUUAGUCUCAGCCCCCUUCUUCCUCUGCUUUGUGUAUUCAUGGUGGCUGGCAGAGUCGGCACGAUGGCUCCUCACCACCGGCAGGCUUGACCGUGGCCUGCACGAGCUUCGGAGGGUGGCUGCCAUCAACGGGAAGAGGGCAGCAGGGGACAUCCUGACCAUCGAGGUCCUGCUCUCAGCCAUGCAGGAGGACCCAAGUGUGGACCAGGCUCCUUCCAGCCUGGGCACCCUGUUCCGCAUGCCGGGAUUGCGCCUGCGGACCUGCGUCUCCAUGCUGUGCUGCCAAACCCAACGAGAAGCCACGUUGGCGAGGGGACCUGGGAGACCCUCCCCCACCACACAGAGCCAGCAGCAGAAGGGCCAGGGAAUCCAAUCUGAGAAGAAACAAGCAAGGGCUGGGCAGCAACAUCUUCCUGCUCCAGGUGCUCAUCGGGGUGGUGGACAUCCCAGCCAAGGCGGGCUCCCUGCUGCUCCUGGGCUGCCUGGGCCGCCGCCCCUUGCAGGCCCUGUCCCUGGUGCUGUCGGGGGCCUGCAUCCUGGCCAACACGCUGGUGCCCCGCGAGCUGGGGGCCUUACGUUCAGCCCUGGCCGUGAUGGGGCUGGGGUGCAUGGGGUCCGCCUUCACCUGCAUCACCAUCUACAAUGGCGAGCUCUUCCCCACGGUGCUCAGGAUGAGGGCAGUGGGCCUGGGCCAGAUGGCAGCCCGAGGGGGAGCCUGCCUGGGGCCUCUGGUCCGGCUGCUGAGCAUGCACGGGCCCUCGCUGCCUCUGCUGGUGUAUGGGACGGUGCCAGUGCUGAGUGGCCUGGCCACGCUGCUGCUGCCCGAGACCCGGAACCUGCCACUGCCCGACACCAUCCAAGAUGUGCAGAACCAGGCAGUAAAGAAGGCGGCACACCGCACACGGGGCUGCCCCGUCCUGCGUUCCACACAGCUCUAGCCUCCUGGGAAGCCCAGCUGGAGGAGGAGGAGGAGGAGGCGGCUUCUUCCGUCCUCUGGAGAGGGCAGGGGAAGCACAAAGGUCUCAUCUCCAGGGGGCCAGUGGCUGUCCUCUGGGACCCUCACUCUCCCACCUGGAUGUCCCUCCUGCCCCCUCACUGUCUGAGGAGCCCCCUUCAACACCGAGGGGGCGACGGGCAGUUUGGCUGGCAGGAGGCGCGCUCCCUUGUGUGAAGAGGAGAGGGCCCAGGCCUGGGGAAGGGGCCAGCCCCGUCGACCCUGCCCCGUGCUGCCUCCUCCCUGCCCACGGCCACCCGUCCGCCUGCACAGAGCUGGGAACGGACCAUCACCCGCAGUCAGGACCUCCCCUGGCUCCACACGAGCAGUGGUCUCAGCUCCUCAGGUUCACGCGGAGGCCCUUGGCGGCCUGGCCCCAGCCGCUCCGGCCCCUCCCCACGCCUC